ACAGAAACUUAUGCUGGUUUUGUGGGUUGGUUGUCCUAACCACUGUUUUAUUCCCAACAAACACCCUUCUAAAUGCUUUUAUAUACUGAGAUUUUCUGGACAUGAACAAAAGAUAAGAUGCUACGAAGAAGAUCGUCCAAGAAGUACGUGAAGCUUCACAAAUGCCAGCUCCAGCAGGAUCAUGCCGAGCCCUUUCUGGCACCAGAAGCAGCCACUUAUGAUGGGAGUGAGGAGGGCAGCCACCACGGAAAGCCUAUGGAGAAUAAACUUUCACAGGCCAUCCAGAGGCUUAUCAUUGCUAGGGAUGUCCUGCAGUCCAGGCGUCAAACACCCCCAACUUCUGCCGCAACAAAUUUUCGAGGUGAUCAGAAUGAUGAGGGCAGAAGCAGUAGGCGAUCGGACCAUCCUUUAGAUGAAACGAUGUUUAAUGAAGUUAACCAGCAAAGAGAAGGUUUAGAAGGACAAAGAAUGAACAGAAUCAACAAAUAGGCUAUUGAUGAAAACUGUAAUUUGUUACAAGGGAUGCGAUUGUCUAAACCACAUAAACAAUUAGGACUUCU